AUGUCACAGACAGGUCUCCCUGAAGUAUAUACCUCACCUGUACCUGAAGGGGGAGCCCCAGAGGGAAGCGCUGAGCCCUGGGCGAUGCCCGUUGCCCCAAUGGUCCCUGCAGGCGUCAACCGGCCAAACGCUAAAUGCAGCAAUUGAAUCAAUUCUCCUUGACCAUCCCCCACUAGCCCUGAGUCCCCCUAACUCCUGCCAAGAGCGAGUGCACUCCAACUCAUGGUUCAGGAGAAGGGGGUCUCUCUAUCCCAGGCUCCAAUUACGGUCCUACUUGCUGUGAGGGUGCUGCAGUCCACCUGACUGCUGUUCCGCCAGGAGAGCGGAGUUCCAGUCCUACCAUGUGGUGGGGAAUCCUGCGUCCCUCCCUGGUGCUCCAGCCCAGAAGCCGGCAAAAUCCUCCACCGGCCCGUCGUGGUGGGGCCAGUGGUGCUCCUCCCCUGAUUCCCCAGUCCAAGGCACUCUGGGACUUCCGGGUUCAGCCGGGGCCUGUGACGUCUGCGUUCAGGGCCAUGCAGAGGUCACAUACGUGCUACCCGAGUUCCUGCGAGCGGCAGUCCGACUGCAGGACCUCACCUCGCCUCCGGAGCCAUCUUGGGGACCGCCAUCUUGACACCUCGACUUCCGCAGCACCUGCUGCCAUUCCUCCGCCUCGCAAUGCCCACAUCCUGCUGCAUGGAGCCAGCCUCACUCGGCCCUGGACCCUCUGGCGAUACUCCGACCCUGGACUAGGGGACAGUCUGGAACGGCGGGCCUGA